UCGUUCAACUUUGGUCUUCAGGUUGCUGUAGGAGCAAUUUUUCCAGCGUUUCAAAUGGAGGCUUUUCUCGGUUCCAUUGGAUGGUCUCUUUCAGCCGCCACAGCGACAGGAAACUGCUUUGUAGUCGUUCUUAUCGCAAAAAAUCGUCGACUUCAUUCCUCUGCCAACUGGUUUGUUCUUUCUCUGGCAGUGGCAGAUUUUGUGGUUGCACUGAUCGUCUUUCCAUCGGGGUAUAUUUGUAACAAACUAAUGGCGUGCAACCAAGAGAUAGAAAUGGCACUUUUUUGGUUUGCUAUUCACGCUUCGGUCACAAAUCUUUGCGCAUUGACCCGGGAUCGCUAUGUCGCCAUUGUUUACCCUUUCAAAUACAUUGCAUCUAUAACCAAUAGACGACCCGAUAAAGUUAUCAUGAUAGCAUGGUUAACUCCAUUUAUAAUUUCGCUCGCACUUUUUGUCGGAAUGUACAUUACAACUUCCGAGACUGCACGGAAAGUUCUACGAUUGACGGGUGUCUCUGCCUUCGACUUGAUAUCCUGCAUGCUCCUCUUGUAUGCUGUUGCUCGGAUCUUAAAGGUGGCUCGUGCUCAGUCACACCGGUCAACUGCCAUCGAACUACAGCUUCAGUCUGGCCACUCUUCCAUAGCUGAAGGAGAGAAUGUGGCAAUUCGUAGACAUAGGAAACACAACACCGCUCGCUUUAUUAUUGCUCUUAUCUUGUUUUUCCUGGGAUGUUACGUUGUGGCAAACUGUUUGAUCUUGUGCCUCAGUUUCCGGGCUUGCAACCUCUCUGAGAAAUCCUCAAAGAAAGCUGGACAGGUCCUCAAUUUACUCUUUGUUCUUAACUCCGCGGUGAAUCCACUUGUCUACGCUUUUUUAAAGAAAGACAUCAAAAGAAAAAUAAGAGAAGUUUUCAACAAAGGAAACUAAAUCAACAGAGAACUGCUGAGGUUUACAUUGGAGAGUUCCCCUUUGUCGUCAACGUAAUGAACUCAAGGGUUAUAAUAAUUCUUCGCCUACUAACCUUCAUUUGAAAGUAUUCGAACCACCGGUCCACCGGGAUUUUUUAAACGCUGCAACUUAAAAUCGACGAUGAAACACCCGGCGCAGAUAAACCUCUUUGACACCUGCCGGUGGUCAGAAAAUAAUGUUUCUUUCUCUGAGCGAGUUAUCGAUUAUUUAGAUCAUAUUUCUGCCAUGGACUUUCGUUUCGUAAUAUCAUUUAUGCUGUAAAUUCGAUAUAGAAGAGCCUUGUUAAAUAGGUAUUAUUCGUAGUAUCUGGGCUUCCAGUUGUUUAUAGAUCGCAAGUAAACAGCCUUUGAAAAACUCUGAUUGAAUUGAACCGUUGUUGGGCC